AUGGCCACAGUCAUCACGGAGAAGUUGAGCCGACUCUUCAUUAACGUCAGGCAGAUCCCUCAGCUGCUGGGGCCUCUGUCCCCCUCCACCGUCAGCAGCUCCGAGGUGCCAAGAGUCUUCUGGAAGCCUUACAUCCAUGCUGGGUACCGCCCCGUCCAGCAGACCUGGUGUUACUACUUCUCAACCCUCUUCCAGCAGCACAACGAGGCCAUCAACGUCUGGACCCACCUGGUGGCCGCGCUGAUCCUGCUGCUUCGCUUCCAGCAGCUCUCCUGGCGCGUGGAUUUCGGGCAGGACCUGCACGCGCAGCCCCUCCUCAUCAUCCUCGUGGCCUCCAUCACCUACCUGACCUUCAGCAGCCUUGCUCACCUCCUGCAGGCCAAAUCUGAGUUCUGGCAUUACAGCUUCUUCUUCAUGGACUACGUGGGGGUUGCCGUGUACCAGUACGGCAGCGCUUUGGGGCACUACUACUACGCCAUCGAGCCGAGCUGGCACGAGCGCAUCCGAGGGUUUUACAUGCCCAUGGCUGUGCUGCUGGCCUGGCUGUCCUGUGCUGGCUCCUGCUAUGCCAAGUACAGGUCCCACCAGUCCGCUCGGCUCCGCAGCCUCCUGUGCCAGGAGCUGCCCUCGGGCCUGGCUUACCUGCUGGACAUCAGCCCCGUGGUCCAUCGCAUCUUCACGGCGCCGCCCGCGGAGCGCGCGGACCCAGCUCUGCUCUACCACAAAUGCCAAGUGCUGUUUUUCCUCAUUGGUGCCUUCUUCUUCUCUCAUCCUUACCCCGAGAAGUGGUUCCCUGGGAAAUGCCACUUCUUCGGGCAGAGCCAUCAGAUUUUCCACGUGUGCCUGGUGCUGUGCACGCUGGCACAGAUCGAGGCUGUGGUGUUGGACUAUGAGUCCAGGAGGCAGAUUUACUCCUCUCUCCAGGGUGAUCUGGCUCACAACUUCUCUGCCUUGUGCCUCUUCACUGUGACCUGCUCCAUCCUCACUGCUGCUUACAUGGCUCGGAAGGUGAAGAACAAACUGGGCUACAAGGAGGAAUAA